AUGUCGUCAUCACCACCCGUAGACAGCAAUGUCCACGAUGCACCCGAUAGCACUUGUCCGGUUCUACUGUCGUGGGGGGAGAUACCUCCCAAUAUGGAAGUUGUCGACGAGGGCAACUUAUUGUCGGACCCCGUUCACCACAACCUCCACGCCACCCCUGAAGAAGGCAACCGCCCGUAUUUGCCACCUCUAGUUCCCCAGGAAGAAGCGGACGAUUCGGCAUUAUUGCCAGUGCUCACAACGAAUGAAGCCAAGGUCCGAGAAUGGCAUCGACACAAACAGCAACUCCAAAAACGACUAGAGAAAAACCAGCCGCCUUUAUCAUGUUUGGAGGUCGACAAAGCAAGGCGGCAAGCGGACAGCGACGCACAGUAUCACACAUGGCUCGCCCGAAAGAAACAGCAGCUCGCACGCGAAAAAGCGGCGGCGGUGGCCAAAUCCCAGCUCGAACAAAACCAACUGCUCUCGCGGCUCCAAGCCCAAGCCCAGGACAUCCACACAAUCCAGACCCACACCAAAGAGCGUGUGGCUGCGAUGAAACAGCGCAAGAAGAAACAGCCCCGCCGCAAGCAAAGGAAGCGACUCAAAGCAGCACCCGAAGUGGGCGAGGAGGCGGCGCUGUUGUCAACCCAUGAACUGACAGAUACGAUGCAACGGCUGGACGACGUUGAGCGAGUGCUCGCGCAACAGUUUCAACGUGUAUUCCAAGUCCCAACGGCCGUGCCACAUUGUGCUUGGUGGGUCGUGUCGAGGGUAACCAGAAUGGAACGGAUUCCCAAGCUCGUGGCCGAUGUGAUCGCGCGAUGCAAGUACGAAGGCGUCGACGUAUCGGAAACUUUGGCUGCGUUUGUCUGUCGCACAGUAGUUCAAGACGACGCGAAUCGCUUUUGUUUGGAUGGCGACGUCGAUGCCGACGGGUUGGCGGCAUUGACGCAGGCUAGCGUCACGACCUUGCUGCAAAAGGACAGUCCGUCGCUCGAAACCAUCAAAAUGCAGCUCGAUUUCGACCUGUGUUAUGUCAAACACGAAGAAGAAGUCGAUAAGGCACGCGCGGCCAAGGCAAAGAAGGUGGCCGCGCUCCAUCGGUCGAUUUCACUAUUGCAGCCAAAUGGUACGGGCGACUUCGAUACCCUCACGACGUUGUAUCGACAGAUCUUCACGCUACUGAUGGUCCAUGCCGAUGCUGAAAAGACUGGUGACCGCAAUGUCGAGCGCGAAGUAGCGGCGGCGUUGGAAAGUGUGUUUCCCCGCAUUGGCUUGAAGUCGUUUGUGUCGAUGACACCAGAGGACAAGAAGUUCCAACUCAAGGAAUUGUCGAGUAUCGUGGGGGGUAUUCGGCUGUUCAAUAAGGAAAUCGGCAAAGGUGGCGCCGGCAUUACGCUGACGUUGGACACGAUUCGAAACAACGUAACAAAUGUGUCCAAGCUCGCGGCGGAAGAAGUCGACGAAGCAAACCAAGUCUCGACCGAGUACACUGAAGUGCUGCUGCAUAUCCACCACUACAACGUUCACGACAACAUCACCCCCGAUCGCAUCCAUCGAUGGCAACAAGAACUCAACAACAAGCGCCAAUUUUUGUCGUAUUUGCAAAGUUUGUACGAAGACAUUGACGUGUCCGUGGACAAGAUCAGCCGCAUCAUGACCACAUACGACAACGAACUCAACACGCUCAAGGCACUUGUGGGUGCGCGCACUUCACUGCCCAAAGGACAAGUGUACCCUGUUUUUGAAGCGCUUUCCAAGGCGUGGGAGGAUCUGGAUGCCGAGCAUCAGUUGCUUCUCGCCCGGUCGCGAUCCAUCAAAGCGCUGAUGCAGUUCAAAGAUUCGUUCACGAGGACGUUGUCAUCGCAAUCGGAAUGGAUUUUAAAAGCCAAGAAAGCAGGGAUGCCAGCUCAAGACCACUGGUUUGAGAACUCCACGACGGACCAGCUGGACAAUCAGCCCAAACAACAUGCUGCCACGUCACCAUCGUCGGCCGCUGGCGGCGCCAAGCACUCGGGUGAUGACAACGGAGGAGGUCCCAGUGGCGCCAACGACGAAGUGCCCGUGCGUAUGUCGGUGGACUCGACGCCCGAGUUUAUGCAAUUGCCUCUGGAAUACCAAGGGUACUGCCCCUGGACGCUCGUUUGUCGUGGCGGUCUGUUGCUGCCUGGCGAUCCGUCGCUAGGGGUGAUUCAGUUUCGGAAUGCGUACCAUGUGUUUGUCAACGAGCGUGCGUUGGAAGAGUUUAUGGCUGAUCCGGGAAGGUUCGUGGGGGCUGUGCACGACAUCGUGGUGCGCAAGCCAGAGCUCAUUUACCUCUUGCGCUUGCAGGAAAGUUUCCCCGAAACGUCCAUGGCGUCGCUGAUGAAACUCACCAACAACCGCACGCACGUCCAUCCGUUGCUCGCCCCCCACGCCGUUCAAAAAGUCGACGCCGGCACGUCCACCCCCGUGCACUUUGUAGAGAAAAACCUCGACGUCAACUACGAAUGGAAUGAAUGGAGUUUACGCCGGCGUGCGGUCAAGAUUGCCAACCUUCGCAACUACAAGACCGUGUCAGCGCAAACGACGCUUAGCAACUUUCGCGCACACGUCGAGCAACAAGUGUGGUUGCCCACAGACGGCACGACCCAAACCGGCCACGACAAGGGCACCAACCCCACCAAAACCAUCACGUACUUUGCAGGAUUACGUGGCACACCCUCGGAUAAGAAAACGGCGUCGGCGUACGUCGAGGAUGGAGAUGGCAAAGAAGGAGGCGAAGAACAAGAAGAAGAUGUUGUUCGUCCUGCCAUCGUAUCGUACACAUUUGACCUUUAAACGAUAACCAAAUUAUGCAUACAUGUGCUGUUUCACA